AUGUCCAAUUCAUUAAACGGCUUGGUUCCAACCAAGAAUAUGGACACUAAUACAUUAUUAUUACGGCUUCUACAAAGACAGGAAUUUCAAGAUUACCCCCAAUUAUACGCUAAUUCCGGAAGAGCCCUUGUUACCUCUUACUACAACCACUUCGUUGAUGACGUUCGUUCAAUGCAAAUUAGUGACUAUCAAAUAAUCUACCAUCUCCGUACCAAGAUUCCAAAUGACCACCGUACGAUCUUAGCUCAUUUUUUUGAAGAUUUUCAACUCAACUUCACCAUUAACUGGGACAUCUUCCAACAAUACAUCAAAUAUAUCAUUGAAACCACUGAUAUACCACACUUAAUUGUAAUCCUCAAUCGUAAGGUCGCAAAUUUUGAAUAUUGCUAUAACGUGAAAAGGGUUACUCUACCUUUGCUAUUAGACGAAGUUGAUUUUUACAAAAGUACUUAUCCACAUACAGACAUCGAGUACCGUGAUGUUUACUAUUGGUUUUAUCAGCAUUACCCCAAAGCUUGCUCCCUUGCUUCCAAUCAGCACCUCAUUCCACCAAAACCUUCUUUCCAAAAAUAUCAAAAACACUUUGGGGAACAUUAUUGGGAUACUUUUGCAGGAGCGAUCCGCCCUCAUGGAUCCUUGGAUAAUCGCUAG